AUGGCCGUCUUAACAUAUCUCGAAUUAAAGAAGCAUAGUAUCUCUCAAUUAUUUUAUCGUCACGCGAAGUUUUGCGCAACUCACCAAGUUUACGUUAUAGUUGCAGCAAUUUUUUUAGUUUUACCUUUAUGCUAUCCUGCACUUAAUGCAUAUUAUCUAAAUCCUCUUAGUGACGUUCCAACUUUUUACUGGGAAUUACCUUCAUCUCGUGUGCCAAUCUCGAAAUCUAGCUUCAAACAAAAAUGCGGUACUCAACCUUCUUUACACGUAGAAAGUAUUAUAAUUAAAACCGAAGGUUUUAGAGAUAACAAUUACCGUCGAUCUACUACUGAUGGUACAAAUGUUUUGGAAAAAAAUUUGUUUCUGUGGACACUUCAAUUGCAAGAAAGGCUUUCAAAUACUGUAGUAAUAUAUCCACCGAAUAAAACUUCACCACUUAUUUCACGUCAAGAACCUGAAAAAUACACCCUUUCUAGUUUAUGCUUUAAACCAAACGGUGAAAGUCGUUGUUUAGUUCAUUCGCCUAUUGAAUUUUGGAACUACGACGCAGAGUUACUUAUGAAUGAUAAAGAUAUCUCAAAAACUCUUUCAGAAGCAAACGAAGUUUCUUCAUUUAAGAUACCUAUUCCUUUGAAAUCCGUUUUUGGCAACCCUGUAUAUGAUAAAUUAACUGGAAAGAUUGUUAGUGCGGAUUCAAUUAUUUUAACUUACUAUUUAGAUGGUAUGGGCGAAUGUGCUGAAGAUCAAACUUUAGCUAUUUGGGAUUUACUUUGGAAUCAAGUGAUGAAUGCAAAUGAUACUUGUCAUAUCGUUGGUGAACGCAUAAAAGGUUUCGAUAUAGAUUUUAAAGAUACCUCAACUCAUAUAGUUUUUGACUUUAAUCGCAGUAAGGAGUUUCCGGCAGAAUUCUUCAUCCUCGCUCUUGAACAUUUAGUUGUAUUUCUUUACAUUUCACUUUCUCUUGGACGACUUAAUUCUGUAAAGUCAAAAUUUGGUUUGGCAUUUUCAACCGUGGUCCAAGUAUUUGUCUCUUUCGUCAUCUCACUUAGCGUUUGUUCUCUCUUUGGUGUCACAUUAACGCUUGUAUCUUGGCCUUUUGUUCUUGUAAUUGUUGGCGUUGAGAACAUGUUUGUUUUGACUAAUGCCGUUACCUCGACUUCAAUGGAAUUGGAUGUUAAAGAGCGUGUUGGAAAAGGUCUUGAAAAAGUUGGAGUCUCAAUGACAAAAGCUUUAUUUUCUAAAAUAUUAUUGGUGGCGUUGAUUUGUUCAGUGACAAAUAUUAAUUCCGUUCAAGAAUUUUGUAUUUUCACAUCUGUUGCAAUGAUUGUUGAUUAUCUUCUUCAGAUGUCAUUUUUCAUCACCACAUUAUCUAUCGAUCUUCGAAGAUUAGAGGCUCUUAUUCUCAUGGCAUCAGCGACAAGUUUAUAUCAGGAAAAUGGAGAUUUGACAAGUAUUUUAUCCUCAAUUAAAAAUAUGAUGGUCGGUUCAAAUCAGAGUGCUUUCGAAAACAAUGUUACCACCAAUACUUUUUAUGAAACUCCGACUGCUGUAUAUGCUGAAGCUUUCUGGAAUGUUGUAAAUCCGAAAAGAAUAAAUCGGUAUUUUGAAAUUAGAAAUCCAAGAAAAUUAACACUUUUGUGGACGUUGAAACAAAUAAAUCAUUUAGUAGAGUCAGAAAAUCCAACAGAAUCGACUGAAUUAUUAGGAUGGAAAUUACUUAUUAGAUCAAUGAUCAAAAAUUUUGUAUUCGGUUUGAAGUUUAUCAUCCUUCCCGCGUUUGGAAUUUUUCAUGCGACUUCUUCCUUGGUGCGUCGUUUGGUAUCUUCAGAUCAAAUUGAUAAAGGCGAAACUUCUAAUGGUGGUAAUAAUGCGAACAAGAUUCCUUCAUUGGCCAGAGUUGUUACUCUGCGCGGUCGUCAUUCUGCUGAUGUUAGCUUGCUUUGUGCUAACCCUAAUGGUAUGAUUAUUUCAACUGCUACGGAUAAACAUAUCACUUCAUGGGAUGGAAAACAAGGUAAUUCAAUGAAAAAGCUCGAGAGAUAUAUGCGUAAAUGCGACUCAUGUAAGUGUGGUAUCACCGGAGGAAUGAAAAAAUGUAUAUCGUGGCCUGUUAGGGCCAUGUGUAUGAGUGAAAAGGUUGAACUUGCUGCUGCUGGAUUUGAAGAUGGUGUUGUGAGAGUUUGGGAUAUUAAUUCUGGACAGGCGACGUAUAUUUUAAAGGACACUGUCGAAGAUGUAGAAUCAGUUAUGUCUGCGGUGAGCGGAAAUACAGCGAAAGAACGAGUUACAUGUUUACAAUUUGUCGUUCCGACAUCUUCAUCUUCAAUACCACAGACACCUACUUAUGAACUAAAUUAUAUGAAUUUCACGACCAGACCAAUAUCAAUCCAGCAAGCCCCGUCUAUUCUACUUGCUACUUAUCGUAAUGGUUAUUUCCGGGAGUGGGAUUUAGUUUCGGGACAGAUUGUUCAUACAAUAGCCACUAAUCAGAAAGGUGGCAUAAAUUAUCUGUGUGUUGUAGACGAUGGUGAAUUAGACUAUAAUCAAGAUGACUUGUAUAUUUUCACGGGUGCACGUGAUGGAUCUGUUAAAUGUUGGGUUCGGAAAGUUUAUUAUCCUGAGAAUGAAUCAAAUAUUACUAUUAAUCCUUAUGGUGUUCUCAAGAGUCGAUGGAAGUCAAUUUACACAAUACCUGGUGAACCAGGAAAUGCUAUAACGUGUAUAGCUACUAAGGUGGUAAAAACUGUGAACAACACUUAUGGGGUGGUUAUUACGGGUGCGUUAGAUGGAGAAGUGAGAGUUUACGAUUACAUUAAUGGUAAGCCUAUAGCUAUAUUAAGUCGAGGUACAAUAUCUAAGCAAAGACGUGAAAAAGAAAGAGAGCAACAAUUAUUACAAAAAAGUAUCGUAAUCAAUUUACUAAAACAAGAAAGUUGCCCUUGUGGUAAUACAGAAUAUGGAGGGUUUUCAAUAGUCACCUCCUCUGCUGACGAAAAAGUGCACGUAUGGCAUUUAGUUAGAAAUGUUAUGGAUUGUACAUGUAUGGCAUUACGGGUAGAAAAUAAUUUACAAAAUAAUGUUACAAAUAAUGCGCCUGUUGGGCUCCUUCAACAAAAAGAUGUAGCUGAAUGGGAUGGUGUCGUCUCUUAUCAUUCUAAAUUUAUUGGAAGAGUUUGCCAACCUGGCGGAACAGCAAUUGUAUUAUUAAGAGAUAAUAUAGUUGGAGUAAGGAAGGUUAAACAUUCAUUAGCAUCAAAACAUGGUAUACCAAGAUGUCAUGGAGCAGAAGGAGAAUGGGAAAUGUGGAUGUUGGAAAUUAAUGACCCAAGGGUUAUUGAAUCUACUCAAGAUGGGCAAGAGAAUUCCGACAACGAAGUUGAUGUUGUUGAAUUAUUAGUGCGAACUAUUCCUUUAGUUAGUGAAUCAGAUUUAUUUACUGAACAACAACAAAAAAAGAAAAAAGAAGCACUUAAACGAAGAGAUAAAGAAAAAGAUACACAAGGUCAAGUAGUUGAUUAUCGACAAAAAAGUCAAAGACGACGUGGUAGCGUAUUACAUCGAGUAUAUCCAAAUAAUGUAAAUAAUGAAAGACCAUUAUCAUUGUUAGAAGAGGAAGAUGAAAUGAAUGAAAUUUUGCCUUUUGUUCAUGUUAGGCAAGUAGUUAAAAUUGGUGAUUAUGGUGUUGCGGCUGCGUAUGGUAAUUUUGUUAAAGUAGUUUUAUUUGAAGAAUCAGGUGAUUAUGAAAUCGGUAAUUUAUAG